AUGUCUGCGCCAGACAGCCCCGACUUUUCCUCGCUGGACCCAGCUACGCAGGCAUACAUUUUGGCUCAGCCUGCAUUAGAGCCGCCAAGUGGGCAAGAUUCGAUUUUCGAUAACCCACCCAACUAUUCAGCGGCUGCCGUUGUCCUCUUCUCGGUAUGCCUGGUCUUGAUCACUUUAACCUUUGUUGGCCGAGUAUAUAUGAAGUUUUUCGUCAUGAAGCAGAAGAGCCUGGGAGAUUAUUUACUCAUCUUGGCAUAUGCGCUUCUUAUUGUCAACUUCGUCUUCACGUACCGCAUGACUGAGAAGCCCGGCAUCUUUGUACAUCAAUGGAAUGUCCAUUUGGGUGACUUCAUCUACUUUCUUCGAGAUGUUUUCAUCACGUCACAACUUUACAUUGGCUCGAUUUUACUUAUCAAGGUGGCUAUUCUGCUGGAAUGGAUCCGCAUCUUCGCACCUCCUGGAAACCGUCACUUUGUUUACUGGGCCAGUCAUAUCAUGAUUUGGGCAAACGUGGUUUUCUACGUGUCCAUCUUCAUCGCAUUCAACAUUGCAUGCACCCCAUACGAGUACAACUGGAACGUGCUCCUCAAGGGAAACUGCGAUCGCGUUAAUACACAUUACACGAACCUAGCCACGUCUAUCUUCAACGUCAUCUCGGAUUUCAUGAUCCUGAUUAUCCCACAAAGGGCAAUUUGGAAACUGCACAUGUCAACCAAGAAGAAGCUGGGAGUCUCAAUGGUCUUCGCCAUCGGUCUCUUAGCUUGCGUCUCCGCCCUGAUCCGUCUGAUUGAGACAGUUCGCCAUGCCUUGUCAGCCGAUUAUGUCUUCACCUUUGCCGGCAUCAUGUGUUGCUGCGCAGCCGAGUUGACGUGCGGGUUCUUGGUCGUGAGUGUACCGAGUUUCCCUAAGGCGUUCAGCGCCAUCAACUUGAGUAAGCUACUGUCAAAGUUGAGCUUCCGCUCGAGCUCAAGCAAGCUCCGGUCAUCCAAGAAGAGCGGAGAUGCAUCUUCAUGGCCGCCCUCCUCUGGAGGCUACUCUGAAGUCAAGACAAAGGCAGCCAUGACAUCUGCGGAAGGGGAUGAGCGGCAGCUUUUCCCAAUGGCGAAACUUCAAAACAACUCUUCCAACGAUUAUUCGCUCUAUGACAGUGCAGGACAUGCGGAGCGAGGUAUCUACCAGACAACUCACUUUGAGGCAACAGAGUCGUUUGACCCUAAUGCCACGAGAUCUGAGUAUAGACGCCAGGAGCAGUGGGAUGAUAAUCGUAUAUAA